AUGGAGACAGGAGGCGAGGGUAGGGUUUUGGAGGCAGGAGAUCGGGAUGCAACCAUGAUGGAUGUGGGAGAAAGAGCGAGACCACCAGGAGAUCCGCCAGAUGCGGUGACCUCAUGGGCAGCUAGGAUAGCGGGAACGAAUGGGGGAGGCAUGCCAGAUCCAGAGAGUCUGAUCGAUGAUUCGUUCGUGUCGGAAAGACUUCGAGUGGAGUUCCCGAAUGGAGAGGAUGGUGAACCAUCGAUCAUAAUUGGAACGGAGGUGUUGGAAGCGAUGAACGGGAUGUGGAAGCAGUGCAUGAUUAUUAAGGUUUUGGGGAGGAGCGUUGCGAUUACCGUCUUGAGCAGGAAACUAAGAGAAUUAUGGAGACCAAAUGGAACGAUGCACGUAAUGGAUCUUCCACGCCAAUUCUUCAUGGUUAGGUUUGAGAAGGAAGAUGACUACUUGGCGGCACUAACAGGAGGCCCAUGGAGGGCUUUUGGUAGUUAUCUCAUGGUGAGAGCUUGGUCGCCAGAGUUUGAUCCCUUAAGGGAUGAUAUUGUGACGACACCGGUUUGGAUCAGAUUGUCAAACAUUCCAGUGAAUUUCUAUCAUCGAUCAAUACUCAUGGGCAUAGCUAGAGGGUUGGGGAGGCCAAUUCGAGUUGACCUAACUACCUUGAACUUUGAGAGAGCACGUUUUGCGAGAAUUUGCGUUGAAGUGAACCUUGCAAAGCCUUUGAAAGGGACAGUACUAAUAAACGGGGAGAGAUACUCUGUGGCUUAUGAAGGGCUAUCUGUAAUUUGUUCGAAGUGUGGAAUUUAUGGACAUUUGGUGCAUGCAUGUCCAAGAACAAUUGCGGAGAGAAUGGCUAAUUUAAACACACGGACAGAGCCGCAAGCGAACUCUAGGCUAGCCACUGGACAAGGAAAGUAA